AUGCCGCUGAAGAACAAGUAUGGAGUUUUAAAAAUUGGUAUUGAGUACGAUUAUAGCGCGGGAAACUGCGACGUGAUAGACGAGUUGGCUGCAGAUUUUCUCGUAACCAAGCUGUUUAGGGAAAACCAUGAACAUGAAAAAUUUAUUAGCCAUUCUAACGACCCUUCCGACUGCACUCCUUCACCAUGCGUAACCCUGAACACAUAUAAGGUAGAUCCCCUUUUUGGUGAUAAAUUUGAGGAUAAUGAUAUUUGGAGGCAAAACAUCUACGGGGUCACCUCACAAUGGAUCGAUCCAGAUAACCAGAGCGAGCAUCUAAGCGCAUAUUCUCUUGACGCGCUAAACAAAGAAAUGCAAUGGGCCAGUUACAUAUCCUUAUCGCACUUAAUUGUCAACCCUCCGUCUUACAAGAAAUGCGAUAAUUACGCUAGAUGUAUAAAUGCCAAUGUUCACAACUACAAUGGGGUUUCUAUCAUUGUGAAAGUGCCUCUAGCAAUACGAGUAGAAAACGAGCCACUUGUAGAUAGCCCCCGCGACAAAGACUCAUCUUCCUCCUUCAGUACACCUGCGGGAGGGGUAUCCUCCUACCAAACCGUGAAUGGCUGGAAUUUAUGGGCAAAUUUUACCCCCUACUGCAACCACAAUUUUUCCAAUUUGAGUGUAGGUAUAGAAUUAGUAAACCCUCAAAAUGUCGACAUUAAUAGAAUAAAUUUAGAUGUGUGGAAAUCAGAACCAGUGAAAUUAAUCUUCAUACCACUAAAUGUAUUUUCUAUUGAUUCCAAGACAGGAUAUCCUUAUCUACCCAAGAAAUUAAAGGACCUGCUAGUGUACUUUUUUAGAAAAAAUAUAGAAAUAGUUUUAACAGGGAAAGGUAAAAAUGAGUACCCCCUGCUGAAUGGUAUGAAGAAAGCAGAACUUUACAGUAGCGGUACCCUUGACUCCGAUGUGAGCUACCUCAAGUGUUGCAUUUAUUAUUUAAAAAGGCUUUUUAUGUCCAUCGAAAAUUUCGAUAACGAAACGCUUUUUGAUAGUGCCUAUUGGGACUAUUUACAGAUACCUCUGCAACCCUUGAAGGAUAAUUUACCUUCCCAAACGUAUGAGAUUUUUGAAAAGGAUAGAACCAAGUAUGAGCAGUAUGAACUAGCUAUUAGUAAGUACUUGUCCGUGCAAUUACAAAAAGGGGGAGAUAACAAUGUGAAGGGAAAAAAGAGAGAUAUCAUAAUCUUUGUGGUUGGUGCAGGAAGAGGGCCACUAGUAGACUGUACCCUGCAAGCGCUAGAAAAAAAUAAAAUCACAAAGUACCAAAUUUAUGCAAUAGAAAAAAAUGAUAGUGCCAUUUUAGUGUUGAAAAAUAGGGCUACCAACCCCAAGUGGAAACAAGUUAACGUAAUACAUAGCGAUAUGAGGUAUCUCGAAAUGGAGAAAAAGGCAGAUUUAAUUGUAAGCGAAUUGCUAGGCUCCUUUGGAGAUAAUGAAUUAUUUCCAGAAUGCUUGGAUGGAAUACAAAAGUAUCUUCAGGAGGAUGGCGUGAGCAUUCCGCAAAACUGUGUGUCCUACAUGGAGCCCAUUUCUUGUGCACAAAUUUAUCACAAAAUAGGACAAAAUAAUUUCACAGGAUAUAAUGAAAUAUUUUACAUUGUUAAUAUGUACUCCUACUGCAAAAUUUCGAAUGAUGAACCGGCUGAAUGUUUCACUUUCCAAGUUCCCAACCAACAAAUUCAAAAGGAUAAUUAUCACAAUAAUCGUUACAAACGUUUGAACUUUACCAUUAAUAUGAACUCCUACUUGCAUGGAUUCUUAUGCUAUUUUAAAAGCCACCUGUACGAUGAUGUCUACUUGUCCAUCGAGCCUAAUACGCAUACGAAAAAUUUACACAGUUGGUACCCUUUAUAUAUCCCCAUAAAUAGAAUUUUAUUUUUAGAACAAGGUCAGACCCUAUCUGUAAGUAUCUGGCGCCUGACGGAUAGCCACAAAAUUUGGUACGAGUGGUGUAUUAACGGACCACAGUCAACCUGCAUUCACAACUACAAUGCGAAGCACUUUUCCAUUGGUCGAUGA